GAAAAAAUUGGAAUUUACUGAAAUCAGGCCACGGCCUCUCCAAAACAGUACGGAAGGCGACUGUGUUGGUCUUGUUGCCGACAGCUGCAGAGAAGACGCUUGCCGAAAAGUGCCAACUGUCUCCGUCUCGAGCAGGCCGCGUCCCGACAUGUCCCGCUGUCAGACUCUUCCCGACUGCGCUGGUGCCUCCUGUCAUAAGCUGCACGACACAUCGUCGGCUCCAUUGACUAAUGUGCUCCAGCAUUCCACCGGAGGCCACUCCAACAACUUAGAGAUGCUGAUAGACGUCUCGGAACCAUCGCUCGUCACAAACAGUCCAACGACCUCCUCUGUGGACAGUUUACAUCCCUCCAGGAGCAAUGAGGUUGCCGACCAGCCGGUGUGUCGUGCGGAAGUUGGGGAGCACCCCAGUGGAGCGGCGGUGGCUCCAGGUACUGGUGUCUGCAUUCCGGCCAACAUGUUUUACUCCUCUUCUGCGAAAAAGAGGAGCAAGCCGUUGACACCUUCCUCAAAGUCGUCGGACAAGUGCAAGUCAACGGCAAAGAAAAGGCGUCCGGCACAGGCGGGUGUGAAAGACGGCGGCUCCAAGCGCCACCUCUGCUCUCCCGCAUCGACCGGCAAAAAGCGGCAGAGAUUGUUACAGGAGGGGCGUAGUGCGGCCAAGUCGGUGCGAAAGGCAGCUGCUGGUGACGCAAGCGCUCGCAAACCAGUGCAGCAAAGAACUGAAUCGACAAGUACGGAGAUGGACAUCUUGCGGUCUGUUUUUUCGCACAGACCAAAGCUACGAAGCCUACCUCCAUCUCCCGUGGCCAGCUCAAGUCCUAAAGACAGCCAGAGUCCUCUGGCUCCAUUGAAGUGGCCAGAGGGCUUAGCGUUGCCAGAGGACUUAGUGUUGUCGGGCGACUUUUCCCUGGCUACCCUGAGUCCUGUGCAAGCACGACCCUCUCUGAAAUCGGACAACGUAAAUGGCACCCCUGCUGAAGAAGCUUUGGCAGCCUCGUCAGCGGAAAAGGAUGCGGACUCGGACAGUUCACUCUUCGAAAUCCCGGAUCCACAGCUUGACCUCACAGCCAACGUCGACAUCCUCGGAAUUAUCGACCGCCUCGACGACACAAACGUCAAGGAGUCCCUGUACUGGAGUUUUCACGAGAUUCCCGCAUACUCUCUGAAAGAGUGGCAGCUGCACGUUUGGCAUCUGGAAGCAGACAGAGCAGUCUUCACUUACAUCAAAGGGAGUCUCACGCUGGUGAUGAAACUCGGUGACUAUGUCAAGCUACCCGACACCGAGGACAAGCUGGCGCUAGCCCGAGCAGCAUGUAGCGGAGAGGUUCGCCGGCGUGUCAAGCGUAUUACGAGUCUGCAUUAUAAAGUCGCAUGUAGGCCAAAAGCUCAGUUCAACAAGUAUAUGUUGAAUCACCGCCUUCAAGAAAUGCACAAGACAGAUGAGCUACUGAAGAAGUACCCCACCACAGACUGCUUGGGAAAGCUUCUGGGAGAUGUGGGAAGCUUCUUCGCACGCUACUGGCCUCUCACACGGGACAUCUACAUCAUUGCCAAGUACCACCACCAUGCCUUCGAGUACCCCAUACUGUCGGUACAGAUUAUUGCCUCUCGCCGCCUAAUCUGGUUCCACCUUGACCUCCCGAUCGACAUAGAUGCGUACCCGAAUGCUGUGAUCAUGCCAUCAAUGCGUCCAUACUCGGACGAGUAUGACGUAAUUACGACGGAGAAGCUACGGCGGAUCACCGCACGCGUCAACCCUGGUCCCAAAUACCUGGUUCGACUGGUCGACGAGAUUGAGGACUUCUUGGGGAAAUGAUUGUCAGAAGUUGUCAACCAGACUUGCAAACUGGUUCGGAUUUCCUAAAUGAAGUGUCUUGAUGGCUGUGUCCUUCAGCUGUGUCUUACAAAACUGGCAGGUAGCAGAGGCUUAUAGCUCCGUGAAUUUUCGCAUGCUAUUUAUUAUUUGCCGCAACUGUGUAUAAUUUGAAGUCCUGUGUAGUUGCUUCCUUUUUUCUUUCUUGUACAGUACGAGUGUUUUAUUGUAAAGUUUUAAUCUUCCCGUGUGAAAUUUGAAUUGACCAUGGGUGCACAUUUUCAAUAGUGCACAACACGUGUAUUUUAUAUUUGUGCUUUGUUUUUUAAAUGAAUCGUGCAUUUUUACCUGGACUACGAUGCAAUUAACACCAGUCUGAUGUAUUAUGCAACAGAACCUGCACAUUCGCGACUGGUUAUUACACGACUGGCCAGCUACUCAACACAAUCUGGUCACCAUCGCAACCAAUGCCAUAUGUUUCAGGAACAGCUGUCUUCAGUUGUUAAAUACAGAAAAUGGCAAUUGCUUGGUGAAAUUGACACCUGUGGCUAUGACAAUUUUGAAGAUCGCCAAUAGGCCCUUCAUUAUCAUUCACUAUCAUUAUCACUUCUGUGCCGUGUGACAGCUUCAUAUGUAAAUAUACAUCAUCUUUAAAUGUUUAUUGGGAAGUGCACUAUGCAGGCUUCUGCCAUUGUAUUAGCUAUUCUGAAGAUAAGUCGCCAAGAACACUACCCCUGGUUAAUUUUUGUAUGACUCUGGCUGUUUACUACAUUCAUACUUUUUAAUCAUCAUACACGGGAACUAUUUGCAUGAGUUUUAAUCGACAAAGUGCUUCUUGUGUACUGCGAUGUAGUCUGCAUCAUUAAGAGCUGUACAGUAUUCAAUAAAGUUAUAUUCUUGUACA